CAUGGGCUGGCUCGGCGGCUGCUGCGCUGGGAGCUGCCGCUGCCUGAGCCGCUGCCCGCGCAGACCAUGAGAGGAGGCUGCGGGGAGCCGGGCUGUUGCCGGGGCGCCGCGAUCGCACUGAGCUGGAACUGCUAACGCGCCCGCGGCUGCUGCUGGGGGAGGACCAGCUCCCUCCUCCUCCUCCUCCGCAGCGCCACAGGGACCUGCCGACCCCGGGCAGCAGCAGCAGCCUCUCCAGCAGCAGCACCACCAGCAGCAGCAGCACCAUGGACCUUUCCUUCAUGGCUGCACAGAUUCCUGUCAUGGGAGGAGCUUUCAUGGACUCACCCAAUGAGGACUUUGGUACAGAAUACUCCUUGUUUAAUUCAUCGGCCAAUGUCCAUGCAGCUGCUUCAAUGCAGAACCAGCCAGAAGAGACAUCCCGCUCCUCAAACGAUGCCAUAUUGUUAUGGAUUGCGAUCAUAGCAACAAUUGGAAACAUUGUGGUUGUGGGAGUGGUGUAUGCCUUCACGUUUUAAGAAGACAGGAGACUGGAAUACUGCAGGAGUGGAUGGCUACAAGCGUGUUUGUUGUGCGUGUUUGUGUAUAUAUACAUGUAUAGCUAUAUAAAUAUAUCUAGGUAGACACAUUUUGUUCAUUAAAAGCUGCCACAGUA